AUGGGUGGUUAUGAAAGGAAUGGAGCUGUAAGGCAGUACAUAAGAUCAAAGGUGCCUAGAUUGCGAUGGACUCCUGAUCUUCAUCGCUGUUUCGUUCAUGCCAUAGAGAGCCUUGGAGGCCAACACAAAGCUACACCCAAGCUUGUUCUUCAGUUGAUGGAUGUUAGAGGACUCACCAUUUCACAUGUCAAAAGCCACCUCCAGGUCGCAGAUAGUAGCACCCAACAGAAAAAUCAAUCUCUUGAAGAUCAACAAGAUGGGUGCAUUGAUAGAGAAAAAAGCGUGGGUCACCAUCCAUCUCUGAAACCCGUUAUAGAAUCAGAUUCUAAGUUCAUCCAUAGUCCUCUACCAACAAAAAGAGCUCUAAUUGAGACGAAGAUUUGUAUCACUGAGAACCUGCAAUGCAGCCAAAGACUAAGUGAAACAGUGACGAAUCCGUACUACUUUGAUGAUUGUAUGCAGAUUAUGGCUGAAAAAAGUGAAAUAAAGGGGAGGGAAGAGAAGGGUUUCAGAUGGGAGAACCAAGAAGCAGCUAUAUUUUCUACAACAGCCUUCCCUCUGCCACAUAAUCUCUUUCACAGCCUCAAUACUGGUGGCAAUGUUGGUGCAGUGGGAGAAUCUGAUUUCCUCAAGAUUGCUGAACAACAAGAUCAAAAAUGCCUAUCCCCCAGAAAAAGAAAAUUACAGAACUUAAGAAAUGGACAUGAUGAAGAUGAAGCAGGUAACGCUGGCGGAUUGUCAUUGUCACUCUCACUGCAUCAUCCCUCUACUCAGAGAAGUAACGCUUCAUCCACGAGCGAGAUCAGUGAGACAAGCUCAUCAUACUCCAGGUCUAACUUGACCGACUGUUCUGGCUCUUCUUUGGAAAAGUGUGGGAUUAAAUUAAACCUAUCUAUUGGUCUAUGUGGUGACUAG